UCCAGAUAAGAUCUUACUUCAUUUCAUAGCCAAGAUAAUGACCUCUAAUUCAUACAGUUCAGUAAAACAUACCUUAUAAGAAGGCCAAGAACUCUUCAGUUGUCACUGUUGUAUGUGUGCUGAAUCAAAAUAUACAGAAUGCCAUCCACUUGGAAGAGGCCAGCUGAUGUGCCAUUUCCGCAAGUUUGGGCAAGAUGUGAAGGCAAAACAACUUUAGCAGAUGGUUCUAAGCUUCUCUAUAGAAUACAGGACAUCACUCCAGAAAUGCACGAAGAGAUUCUUGACAAGCUCAUGAUGGUACAUUUUGUCCGGGAUGAGGAUCUUAGCAAGACAAUUAAUUUAAUGGCAGAUAAAACAUCUUUGGAAGAACUUAGAAUGAUGUGGAAAGAAUCACUACAACAGAAUGUUGGUCUUGUAGCAAUAAGAGAAUAUCCAGAUGGCCAAGAAGAAAUAAUUGGGGCCAAUAUAAUAUGUGUUUCCAGCAAAGGCGAGAAAUCAAAUUCUGAUGAGUUGAAAGGUGAGGCAAUGCGAAAAAUUUGGCGCAUGCUGAUGGAAGAUCUACCAAAGCGACUUGAUGUAUUUGAACAUUAUGGAGUGGACCACUACAUGAGUGCUGUGGGACUAACUGUAUUACCCAAAUACAGAGGGCAAAAUGUGGGACUUGAGAUCUUACGCACUCGAUUUAAGCUUGUGAAAGGUGUUGGACUGAAGGUAACAGCUACAGCAUUCACUGCCAUGGCUUCUCAAAAACAAGCACAGCGUGCAGGCUACGAGUUGUUGACUGAAAUGGCAUAUAAUGAUUACAAGGUAGAUGGAAAAGUAGUCUUCCCAGGAAUGACUACACCAUCAGUGAAAUAUAUGGGCAAAUACAUACCUUAACUAAAUAUUUAUACAAAGAUGUUCCAUUUAUUUCUAAAUCUGUUUUUGCAUAUCAUAAAGUGAAGUGCUCUGAAAGUACCAACUUUCAGAAGCAUCAAGGCAGAGGAAAUGGGUUUUUGCAAUGUAACCACUGUGCUAGAAAUGUUUGGUUGACAGGAAGUAAGAUUACUGGAUGUGUCAGAAUGUGCUCAUGACAAAUGGUAGAUAAUGAAACUGUAUUAAACUGUGUCAUUCAAUAAAUACCAUAAACUUAUGUGACAGUGGUAUGAAAAUUGUGCAUGAAUUUUCAGCAGACACGUGACUAAAUGAUUUGUCAGUAGCAGAGAUAAUGCAUGUCACAUAACAAUUCAAAUUACCAUAAGUGACUUCUUACUUAGCAUUACAAGCAUUUUCUGCUUAGAACCUAUGUAUGUUUAACACUGGUUUCUUUUAUAGGCUAGAUUAUGUCUUGAUUUAGAAUAGUUAGUUAUUGUGUGUCAUAAAAGCAUCUCAUUGUACUUUUCUUUGUAAAAUAACACUGGUUAUUUGUAUUAAACUGACAAAGAAAUGUGUAUCUCUUCAAGUUACAUAAGUACAGAGUAAUAUUUUACUUUACAACUUGCAAAGAUUUCCACUAAAGUAAUAAAUUACAAGUGAUUCCCUUGAGUUACAAAUAAAAAGUACUCUUGUAAAGUC